GGCCCAGUGGUUCCUUCUUGACCGGCACAGGCAUCGCUCCUUCACUCCCAUUGCUGACCUCAGCCAGCGGGCCAGGGAGCCACCAUGCCUUACCUCCACCGGGCCCCAGGGCCCCAGAAGCAGCCGACUCCCAGGGACGCCCGUGGCACCCACUCCUCAGGCCAGAGCUUCGAGCAGCUGAGGCAGGAGUGCCUGCAGAAGGGCAUCCUCUUCCAGGAUGCCGACUUCCCGGCCAACAACACCUCUCUCUUCUACAGCGAGAGGCCCCAGGUCCCCUUCGAGUGGAAGCGGCCAGGGGAAAUAGUGAAAAACCCUGAAUUCAUUCUUGAAGGGGCCACCAGAACUGAUAUCUGCCAGGGGGAACUUGGUGACUGCUGGCUGCUGGCCGCCAUUGCCUCCCUUACGCUGAACGAGAAAGCGCUGGCUAGAGUCGUCCCCCAGGACCAGAGCUUUGGCCCCGGUUACACCGGGAUAUUCCAUUUCCAGUUCUGGCAACACAGUGAGUGGCUGGAUGUGGUGAUCGAUGACCGGCUGCCCACCUUCAGGGACCGCUUGGUCUUCCUGCACUCGGCCGACCACAACGAGUUCUGGAGUGCCCUGCUGGAGAAAGCCUACGCCAAGCUGAAUGGAAGCUAUGAGGCCCUGAAGGGGGGCAGCACCAUCGAGGCUAUGGAGGACUUCACCGGGGGCGUGGCAGAGACCUUCAUGACUAAGGAGGCCCCAGAGAACUUCUAUGAGAUCCUAGAGAAGGCCUUGAAGAGGGGCUCUCUGGUGGGCUGCUCCAUCGAUAUCAGAAAUGCUGCAGAAUCCGAAGCCCGGACUCCGUUUGGUCUUAUUAAGGGUCAUGCCUACACUGUGACAGCGAUUGACCAGGUAAGCUUCCGGAGCCAGAAAAUCAAGCUCAUCAGAGUUCGGAACCCUUGGGGCCAGGUUGAGUGGAAUGGGUCCUGGAGUGAUAGUUCUUCCGAGUGGCGUUCUGUUGGCCCAGCUGAGCAACAGCGCCUGUGUCACACAGCUCUGGAUGAUGGGGAGUUCUGGAUGGCGUUUAGCGACUUCAAGGCCCAUUUUGACAAAGUAGAGGUCUGCAACCUCACCCCUGAUGCCCUGGAGGAGGAUGUUGUCCACAGAUGGGAGGUGACGGUCCACCAAGGAAGCUGGGUGCGGGGCUCCACGGCUGGGGGCUGCCGCAACUUCCUGGACACCUUUUGGACCAAUCCACAAAUAAAGUUGUCCCUGACUGAGACGGAUGAGGGGCAGAAAGACUGCACUUUCCUCGUGGCCCUGAUGCAGAAAGAUCGGAGGAAACUCAAGAGGUUCGGUGCCAAUGUGCUGACUAUUGGCUAUGCCAUUUAUGAGUGCCCGGACAGAGAGGAGCACCUGGACAAAGACUUCUUCAGGUACCACGCCUCCCAGGCCAGGAGCAAAACGUUCAUCAACCUCCGAGAGGUCUCCGACCGGUUCAGGCUUCCCCCGGGUGAAUACAUCCUGAUCCCCAGCACUUUUGAGCCCCAUCAGGAAGCCAAUUUCUGCCUGAGGAUCUUUUCGGAGAAGAAAGCCAUCACCCGGGACCUGGAUGGAGAUGUAGGCGUUGACCUUCCUGAGCCUCCGAAGCCAAGUCCGCCGGGCCGGGAGACGGAGGACGAGCAGCAGUUCCGGGCCCUGUUCGCACGCGUCGCUGGGGAGGACAUGGAGGUGACUGCAGAGGAACUUGAAUAUGUUUUAAACGCAGUGCUACGAAAGAAAAAGGACAUCAAAUUCGAGAAGCUGAGCCUGAUUUCCUGUAAAAACAUCAUUUCUCUAAUGGACACCAGUGGCAACGGGAAGCUAGAGUUUGAUGAAUUCAAAGUGUUCUGGGACAAACUGAAGAUGUGGACAGGCCUUUUCCGGCAGUUUGAUGUAGACAAAUCUGGCACCAUGUCCUCCUACGAGCUGCGGACCGCGCUGAAAGCUGCAGGCUUUCAGCUGAACAGCCACCUGCUGCAGUUGAUCGUCCUCAGGUACGCGGACGAGGAGCUCCAACUGGGCUUUGAUGACUUCCUCAACUGCCUGGUCCGGCUGGAGAACGCAAGCCGGGUGUUCCAGGCUCUCAGUACGAAGAACAAGGAGUUCAUUCAUCUCAAAAUAAACGAGUUCAUCAGCCUGACAAUGAACAUUUGAGGCUUCCCGGUGGAACACAGUCUGUGCAGCUGAGAGCUGACUUCUGACCAUGAACUUCAGAGCAUCCCUGGGUGUGCAGCCGGCAUGCCCAGGGCUCUCGCCCCUUCUGCUGCCCUCUCCUCCCUCCCAGCCCCCCACAUCAUACCGAUCUUGGAAGAAUGAAUUGAACUGAGCUGUGCUCUCUGAUUUUAUGUUACUUUUUGUAAAAUCACUGCCCUAAGAUGGCUAAUGCCACCACCUGUGCCUUACGUCCAGAUCCAGGCAUUUCAAGCAAGCCCUUCUUCUAUUAUAUUUCCCCCACCUCCUCCUAUUAUGAAUUAUUCCAAGUUCUAGUGCACAGAGCCGUGGCUUCAGGGUAGCUUCAACAAUUGUACUCGAACACCCUGUACAGAACAGUGGUUUUAUCAAUGUGGCCGUGGCCUGGGAUGAGAAGAGAAAGGCACGAGAUCAUAAUUAAAGCGUUUUCUUCAUCACAGGGGUGUUGCCUUACUGGGGCAAACGUCAGGGAAUUCCGGAUGCUUACCGGUGAGAGUGAGGCAACGUGAAGCUCUCCGUCCCCUCCUCUGAGAGCUGGCAACUCAGACAGCCUCUGUCCAGUCCAGACAGCCUUUGUGCCCAGAGCUGUGGGGACAGGAAAGCCAAAGCAAGGUUAUUUCUCCCCAGGGAGUCCAGAUCCCGGCCAGACGUAUGUCAUUCAUCUUCACCACGAGAGGGAGGAAGGGCGUGGAGAGGCCAUGUGCUUGCCCCCCUCACACUGAACAGGAAAUCCCACCCAAUUGGAAUGAUGGGAAAUAUCAUGAUAAGAUGACGGCUCCAUGACUGCUUGGCCCCAUUUUCUUAUCAAUACAC